AGCCCUCCAACCCCUGACCUACAUCCCGAGGGACGGACAACAUGGCCAGUAAGUCCCAUGUCAUCUUCAAGAAGAUCUCCCGGGACAAAUCGGUGACCAUCUACCUCGGGAAAAGAGACUAUAUAGACUAUAUCAACCAAGUACAGCCUGUGGAUGGUGUCGUAGUGGUGGAUCCUGAGCUCGUGAAGGGAAAGAAAGUGUACGUCUCUCUGACCUGCGCCUUCCGCUAUGGCCAGGAGGACAUCGAUGUGAUUGGCCUGACCUUCCGCAGGGACCUGUAUUUCUCUCGGGUCCAGGUGUACCCUCCUGUGGGGGCUGCUAGCCCCCCCACGCCACUGCAGGGGAGUCUGCUUAAGAAGCUGGGGGGAAACACAUACCCCUUUCUGCUCACGUUUCCUGACUACUUGCCCUGUUCAGUGAUGUUGCAGCCAGCUCCGCAAGAUGUAGGGAAGAGCUGUGGGGUUGACUUUGAGGUCAAAGCAUUUGCCACGGACAGCAUAGAUCUUGAAGAAGACAAGAUCUCCAAAAAGAGCUCUGUGCGCUUACUGAUUCGGAAAGUGCAACACGCUCCGCCUGAGAUGGGUCCCCAGCCCUGUGCAGAGGCAGCCUGGCAGUUCUUCAUGUCUGACAAGCCCCUGCACGUCUCUGUGACCCUCAGCAAAGAGAUAUAUUUCCAUGGGGAGCCCAUCCCUGUGACUGUGACUGUGACCAAUAACACAGAGAAGACAGUGAAGAAGAUUAAAGUAUUAGUGGAGCAGGUGGCCAACGUGGUUCUCUACUCGAGUGAUUAUUACGUCAAGCCUGUGGCCACAGAGGAAACACAGGAAAAAGUGCCACCAAACAGCACUCUGACCAAGACACUGACACUGCUGCCUCUGCUGGCUAACAAUCGAGAGAGACGAGGCAUCGCGCUUGAUGGGAAGAUCAAGCAUGAGGACACAAACCUGGCUUCCAGCACCAUCAUCAAGGAGGGCAUAGACCGGACAGUCCUGGGCAUCCUGGUGUCUUACCACAUCAAGGUGAAGCUCACUGUGUCAGGCUUUCUGGGAGAGCUCACCUCCAGUGAAGUGGCCACCGAAGUGCCAUUCUGCCUCAUGCACCCCCAGCCCGAUGACCCAGCAAAGGAAAGUAUUCAGGAUGAAAAUUUGGUUUUUGAGGAGUUUGCUCGUCAAAAUCUGAAAGAUGCAGAAGAAAGUGCAGAAGGAAAGAAAGACAAGGAGGAGGCUGUGCAGGAUGAGUGAAGAGCCUGCUCAGAUUUCUAGGCAUGGCCUGCAGCUCCGGACCACGAGCAAGACCCCACAGUAGCCUUCAGAGUC